AAAAUCCACGAACAAUGUAAAAAUCGAAGAAAAUGCAGAAUUACAGUGAGAGCAUCAUUUUUUCCAAAUGACCCUUGUCCAGACACAUCCAAAUAUCUACAAAUCUCAUAUAAAUGUAAGCCAGUAUCGUUUGACGAUGAAAUUUACUGUGAAGGGUCAAUUAUGCAGCUGACCUGUAAACAAAACAAGAAAUUAGCUAUUUAUUCUGCUCAAUAUGGACAAACAGUCGAAAAGAAGGCAGCACACUGUGCAGUAAGCACUUCAGUAAAACAAGGUUACACUUACAGUAUAAUUAAAUUUAUCACUUAUUAG